AGAAUUUACGUUAGCGUCAAACUGAAUUUUUGUAACGUCGCAAGUAAAAAAAAACCUUUCGACCAAUGAGAGGUUUUAAUACUUCCAUGUUAAAGUCGUAACUUCCGGUUGAAUACACCCUGUGGGCCUGUAGAGAUAGGUUUGGUGGUAUUAGUCAUAGUAUUCAUGGUUUUAUGAAACCUUUAUUAACUUAGAAAUAAUGAUCUUGCUAGAGAUCAAUAACAGAAUAGUUGAAGAAACGCUGACGUUAAAGUUCAAAAAUGCUUUAGCAGGACAUAAACCGGAGUCAAUGGAUAUAACGAUUGCAGAUUUUGAUGGUGUACUGUUUCAUAUAUCAAAUGUAGGUGGUGACAAGACUAAAGUUAGGAUUAGUAUAUCUCUAAAGUUCUACAAAGACCUUCAAGAGCACGGGGCAGAUGAAUUAUUGAAAAGAGAGUACGGCUCUCUCCUCGCUCCAGUUGAAGAUGGUUACAACGUUUCGGUGCAAGUUGAUCUGGAAAAUGUUCCAGAGAAUUGGGAGGAGGUAGUUAAGAAAAUUGGUUUGCUAAAAAGAAAUUGUUUUGCAUCAGUAUUUGAAAAGUAUUUUGAUUUUCAAGAAAGAGGAGAAGAGGGCCACAAAAGGGCAGUAAUCAACUACAGAAGCGAUGAAACUCUGUACGUGGAGGCCAAGGCGGACCGCGUGACGGUCGUGUUCAGCACCAUCUUCAAGGACGACGACGACAUCGUCAUAGGCAAGGUGUUCAUGCAGGAGUUCAAGGAGGGCCGAAGGGCAAGCCACACGGCGCCCCAGGUGCUGUUCAGCCACCGCGAGCCGCCCCUAGAGCUGCAGAACACCGACGCCAGGGUGGGCGAGAACAUCGGCUACAUCACCUUCGUUCUGUUUCCUCGACACACCAACCGAGCAGCGAGAGACAACACCAUCAACUUGAUCCACAUGUUUCGUGACUACCUGCACUACCACAUCAAGUGCUCCAAAGCGUACAUCCACUCGCGGAUGAGAGCCAAGACAUCGGAUUUCCUGAAGGUGCUCAACCGGGCCAGGCCCGAGCCUAAGAAUGUGGAGAAGAAAACUAUCACUGGACGAUCGUUCGUGCGGAAGGAUUGAUCGGCCGGCUGGUCUAGCUCGUACGAGGUGGUGUUCCUUGCCAACAUGUUGCGGCAAACGAUAGUGCGUACCUGGCUGCCUGGAGCCGCUCGUCUCAUCAGCGUCACACCAAAUCUCUCGACUAACCAGUAACAGUGCAGGAUGCCAGGUGGACGUGACGUGACGUGACGUACUGUGUCCAGGGGUUGGAGCAUUUCCACCCGAGUCGACCUCCUUGUUUGCAGUUGUUUGAAAUGCUCCAGGGCUUGCACGAUCGCUCACAAGUACCGUAUGUAAUGUUUGUUCGCUCGUCACUUCAAACUGACGUGGUGGCCGUUACGGGAAGCCUGAACUGCCGCCAGCGUUACUUGUUGAAUACUUUUUUAAGGAAAAGAAAAAUGAUAUGUUGUGAAUAUUGUAAUUACUAUUACUUGUGAUUUAAUCUUACUAUGUAAAGUUAUUAACGAAGAAGUCGCAAAAGUAAUUUUAAUCAGAAAUUAUAAAUAAAUGCAAUAAAUUAAGCACUUGAGAAUUUAUUGCGCUGGUACGGCUAACUCCGUCUUCGCAAGUGUUUUUGAUGUGCGUAGCGAUAGCGGUGAUUUUAGUGCAUACUUACAUGCAUCCAGAACAUGACAGUGAAUAUGGGCUGUGCCUGCCUUGUUUUCGAGCAUAGAGUAAUGGUAAUAUUUUGUCAAGUUUUAUUGUUUCACAGAACUAAGUUAUGUAGCUGGUACAGCCAGCAUAAAUCCAACCAUAUUGGCUCACAUAAUUGGAGAUAAAAUUGUUGGUAUCUAUCACCUUUCCUUCCCUUCUAAUUUUAUUGUAACUUUUUCAGAAAUUUAUUUUUCAGAUGCACAAUAAGAAGGAUGCGCUCUCAGUGUCGUACACCAAGUUAUAAAUAUAGAAUUUAAGAUUUGUGGGCUAUUGUUGAGAGAAUGGUGCUAUUUUUUGAAAGGAAAUUUGUGUGAUUAUAAACAUAACAUUUACAGUAAGAGACUUCUUUUAAUUCCUAAUCAAUAAUCAUUAUUGCAAUAGUUUAUGAGCCUGAGCAUACUCAUCUGAAGUGAAUAAUCAAUAUACAUGCACCGUGCAUAGAUAUCUUCAUUUAAAAAUGGUUGAUAAUUGCAUGUAUUAACAUUAAAAGCCUGGUGGUGAGUAAAUUGCAACAAUAUUAAGUGUAAGAAGUUUUGUUUGUUUUGAAAACAAUAAGGUUUUGUAACUAAAAUUUAAUACAAUUAUGUGUGCAAAUAUGGUUUUACUUUGUAGUAUUUGUCCUUUGACCAGGUUUUCACUCCAUUCAGCUUGUUACAUUUUUUCAUAAAAUUUCUAUAAAACUUCUGUUGUUUAUUAAUAGAACUCUUUUGGAUGGUUGGGUGUCUUAAGUUUUUUGGCUGGUAAAGUCUUGUUGAGGUGAAUUGUGAGAGCUAACUAAGCUGCAGUUAUCUGUUGUUGCAUUGGGGUUCUUGAAGUUUGUAGGUGCAGCAUUAUUUGAAACUGUUGGUUGUUUGAUGCCUAAUAACGUAAUAACAUUUAUUAUAAUUUAAUUUUAUACAUUUAUAUUGGUUUACAGCCACGAAAAAACUUCAUAAAUGAUAUAUCAUUGUCAGGAAGAGUGCUAGUGCUUUUUGACAAACUAAAUUUGUUUAGAGAGAAUAGAGCACUUUUGAAUUUAUAGAAAUACUAUAAUUAGUUUCGUAAACAUUGCAAGUGCCUAAUGCUAUGUUAAGUAAAAUUCUUUGAGUUUUUAGAAUUUAAACCAGGUAUUUGUUAUAAAAAAGAAUUAAUUAUUGCCAUUCUUUGGGCACAUAAUUUAUAUUGUUUUGAAGAACAUAAAUCAUUUUCUCAAUAUUGUUCUUAGUGCAUUGGUAGCAGAAUCAUAUACUGGCUUGAGGUAAAUGUAAUAAUUUGAAUAUGUAAUAAUUGAAGGACUUACAUCAUGAACAUUUGUUUGUUUUUUCUGUCAUGGGAAAUAUAUGUAAUAAUUUUUUGAGCGCCUGGUCAACAUUUUAACUUCUUGUUGCACAUACAUACAUAUUUACAGAGCAUGGUGGCUAAGUUAAAAAACAAUAAUUCUUUUUUGUAAGAUUGAGAAUAUGAUCAUACACUUUUUUUUUUGUUUCCUUAGACUCAUUUUCAUUUAUCUGAUGAACUAGUUUGUAAAUAAGUGUUGUAAUCAAGUCCGAGUGCAAGAGAUGGAACAAGGUGAUGUGUUGCGCACUAAUAUGUAUUAGCCCUGCAUUAGCAGAACAGUUAACAUGUUCCACCCAGCAGCACGGCUGUUGAGUGGGAGGAACAAGGAUUCCUUGUGGCCCGUGCAACUAGAUUUUUAUAAUGCCUGGUUUUAACUCUGAUAGGAUGCAUGUCGUGCCCACCUAAAAAAAUUUCUAACUGUUGGUGGGCAUGUUACAAAUUUAAAUAAAUAAAAAGUAAAUGACUUACAAGUCUACUGUUAAUAGAAUUCAUGGGAAACCUUACAAGUACUGUGAUACGCUGAUAAUGUUUGCAGUCUUAGAUUUAGAUUUGUCUUUUUAAUUGUGGGGUUUGAAAGGUGCCCGACAACAUGAUAUGCCCCCGGUACCUUGGUUUCUCUCGACCGCCUUGCACAACAGUCUGUGGAUUAGUUACAUCUCGUGGGGAAGCCUACGAUUCACUCGUCCUUCUGGACAUACCCGAAUACUCACGUUGGCAAGCCUCCUUUUCACAGACGAGAGAGCCAAACCCGAAGUUCAUGCUCGCUUUUUUUUUUCCGUACCACAACAGGUGUGUUUAUUUGGGGGGCGAAAAAUUUGCGGGCAUUUAUUCUCCAAUUGCGCGGGUUUAACUUAUAAGAAGUAAUUCUUAAAAUUAGCAAGAAGUAAUUAUAAAUACUUUAAAACAUUGUGGAUGGUUGUUUAUAUUAAGUAAGUAUAGCUACAUUAAAAAUACUGUAAAAUGAUUUUAUGUUUGCUUAGCAAAUAACUUUUUAAUACUGUAUUUAUUUACUCGCAUAAUGUCUGCAGUAAUUUGGCUACAUUUUUGACAAAAAAUGGGGUGCGGACAUUAUGAGGUGAAGUCGGAAAACAAAUUUUUUUUCCUCACAAUUUUACAUGUUUUGUGUAGAGUAAAAAAAUUGUUCUCUCAUAAUUAGUUUACUAGUACCCUGAUUUUACUUAUGCUCACGGUUCCGCGGAUUGCAUUAGUAAAAUCGCUGCUUCGUAAAAUUGGCAGCCUUCCCUCGGCCCAGUUGAAAAAUAUUAACGGCGGCACACUACUUCGCAGAGCGCUGGCGACUGGCGACCCUCCGCAGCGGACGUGAGAAGUGUGACAGGUGUCGAGAUAAAUUGGGUGCCGGCGAUGAGUGGAACACGCCACUCUUUUUUUUUCCUUCUCUCACUCGCGUGUGCGCUCUUACGUUCAGAAGCCGCAGCCAGCCUACACAAAAUAAACGCUUUGCGUGAAAAGAUAUUUUUUUAAUCUUUCAUUGAGAUGGCCACUAACGGCACGGGGCAGAUGUCUAAUGUCUGCAUUAGCCGGCGCCGGUGAGCCUCCCUCCCUGUCCCUGUCCCCACGCUACAAACGUGGACUUUAUGCGGAUUUUUAAAAAUUCCAUUUCAAGUAUUUAAAAAGAAAUGUGCGGACAUUAUGCGAUGGCGGACAUUAUGCGAUUAAAUACGGUAUGUAGCUAUCCAGCGCUAGGAAACCGUUUACAUGAUUUCACAGUAUCUUUAAUGUAGCUAUCCUAACCAAAUCAACCGUCCAAAAUGUUUUAAAGUAUUUAUAAUGUAGCUAACCUAACCUAAUUGACCAUUAGUUAUCAUGAGUUGUAUAUUUAUUUACAAUGAACAAAAAAUAAAAUCUGAAGAUGCACGAUCGGGCGUUUGGCUCUCCAUCUGUUGAAAGAAGGCUUGCCAACGUGAGUAUUCGGAUAUGUCCAGAAGGACGAGUGAACCGUAGGCUUCCCACAUCUCGUGUGUUAGUCAACAAGGCACGUUGUCGCUUAGCUAACAAUACCGCCUAAUCAACACUUCAGUAAUACUACAGGAAGGUAAAGAAAUUGCUUAUUUUCAAGUAUGUAUAUUGUGUAUUUAAUGUGGAACUAUUAUUUUAAAACAACAUUUUGAUUACUUUUUUUUUAUUAUAAAUCAAGGAUAAAAAUACACUCCUUCCAUUUCACAGCAUGGAGCAACAAAGCAAACAAGAGCAUACUUCAGUGUCUGCUUUGUUUAUGUAGCCGGUCCAGUUUUGCGCUAUGGUGCCGCUAUCUUUAGGAUUUAUGCCCUAAAAAUUGUAUUGAUGAAUGCAAAACAUCCACUAGAAUACAUUGGAACCAAAAAGUUAAUAUAUUUUAAAAUGUUAGGCAGUAUUGUUUGUUAAGCGACGGUAUGUUGUGUGUUAAAGCUAGUGUUCUUUGGUCAUUUAGUCAUGUACUUAAGGCUUGGUCUCGCCUGCCAAAUGGGUUAUUGCAAUUUAAUGUCAUUAGUAUUUGGUUUCUAGUGCAAUUCCUUCGUUUGUUUCGCUAUAAAAGCUGUGUGUGUUACCUUUUGUUGUUAAUUUUUUUUCUUACCAUACUUAUAUUUUGCACAUUAUCUGCUGUUUGUACAAAUUGGGCAAAUAUCCAGCUAUUCAUAUUUAUGCUUGACUAGUUAUGUCCAGCUGCGAGUUCAGGCUUACCUUAUUGAGAAGAAUUCAAGCAUUGAAAAGUAACUAGAGUAUAAUUAAAGUACCUAUUUAUAAGUAUCCAGUGGUGAUUUAAUAAAUUUGGGUUUUAAAUUGGGUUAUGUUAUGUCCAGAUUUUCAAACUAUGUUAGUAUUAACACUUAACAAAAAAAAACUAUUUACAUUGAUAAAUUAUAGUCCACAAUGUCAAAGUUAAGUAUAUUUUAAUUAUUCAAAGGAUUUUCACUAGGUUUGGGAACAGAAAGAAGCAUUCCACAAAUACUUUCUCUGAAGUUAAAUGAAGAACAGAAACUGCCUAAUGUCAAAAGUUCACACCCAGAACUGCUUUUGUAGCUAUUUUGUUACAGGGUUCUUUUGUGAGCAAUUACCUAAAAAAAUAAAAAUAACUUUUUUUUCUUUUCAGUCUUUAAAAUUUAGAUGCUGUAUAUUGUAUACUUGGUCAUUAUUAAAUUCAUCGUGUUUAUUGAAGUAAA